CUCAUGGUGGCACUAGAGGAAAAGACUGCCCUCUCCUAUCUGCCAAGUCUAAAUACAGGUGAAUUAUUUCCACCUUUUUAUCUGUGUCUCUUGAGUCAUGCUUUUGAGUCCUUCCAUUUCUGAGCCAGGAUUGUUUUCCUGUAAAUGGAGAGGGGAGGAGCAAAACUUACCAGGUGAUCCAGGUACCUGGGAGGAGGAAGGAAAAAGUGAAAGUAUUCAGUGAGUUCAGACUCCAUUUUAACUGCGCAGAGCAGAAGGAGAGAAACUGAAGGCUGAGUCAGGACUGACUGAAGUCCAGAAGAUGAGUGAUUGUGUGGAGGAAGAGGAGGACAGAGCAGAGUCUCCAGGAUCCAGCUGUCUGUCUAUGAAGAGUGACUGGUCCAAAGAUCCUCCUCCAGAGUUCAGUAAUGAACCUGGACCCUCAGAGACAAAAAAGAGGAAGAGGAGGAGUGGUGUUUGUGAGGAGCAGCAGCUGUCCUGCUGUUCUUUGUGUCAGGACGUCCUGAAGGAUCCAGUCUCUACCAGCUGUGGACACUGGUUCUGCAGACAGUGCAUCACCUCAGACUGGGACCAGUCUGGUUCAUCAGGAGACUCCUCCUGUCCCCAGUGUGGACAAAGAUCCAGACCAGGACCUGGACUGCAGACAGCCAGUCAGACCAGCACUGUACAAAAUAGUGAGGAGGUUCUGGAUGAGUUGGACCUGGAGACAUACAACACAUCAGAGGAGGGACAACGGAGACUGAUCCCAGCUGUGAGGAACUGCAGGAAGGCUCGUUACAACUUGUCUGAUUUUAUUGUAACAGAUUUGAUAUUUUCUCUGAUCACAGACUCAGCUCACUGUGGACUCUCAGAGACUCACUGUGAAGUCCUGGCCUCAGCUCUGAAGUCCAACCCCUCCCAUCUGACAGAACUGGACCUGAGUCACAACUGGAGUCUGAAGGAUUCAGGAGUGAAGAUCCUGUCUGAUGGACUAAAGAGUCCAAACUGUAGACUGGAGACUCUGAGGUUGAGAAACUGCAAUUUGACAGAGAUCAGCUGUUCUUCUCUGGUCUCAGCUCUGAAGUCCAACCCCUCCCAUCUGAGAGAUCUGGACCUGAGUCUCAACAACCUGAAGGAUUCAGGAGUGAAGGAGCUGUGUGGUUUUCUACAGAGUCCAGACUGUAGACUGGAGACUCUGAGGUUGAGUGAGUGCAGUUUGUCAGAGAUCAGCUGUUCUUCUCUGGUCUCAGCUCUGAAGUCCAACCCCUCCCAUCUGACAGAACUGAAGCUGAGUAACAACAACCUGCAGGAUUCAGGAGUGAAGGAGCUGUUAGAUCUUGCACAGAGUCCAGACUACAGACUGAAGACUGUGAGGUGGGAGCGGUGGGAUCCAUAAGAGUCUCUCUCUCUCUCUCUCUCUCUGUGUGUGUGUGUGUGUGUUACUGGGAGGUAGAGCGGAGAGGAGAGCUUCAUCCAGUAGUGACUGACAGAGGAAUCAGAGGAAGUGGAGAUGACUCUCAGUGCUGCAGGGUUUGAUUGUUGUGAUGCUCACUACAAUGACAUUGAAGUAAAGGUGUGUAUCUAAAGGAAAAAGUUCAAAACCCUGAAGAAGUGAAGCUCUGAGGUGAAGGUCUGAGUUUCACAGCCUCAUUGAUGGAUAUUAUUUGGAUUUAUGUUUGGAUUUGGUGUAAAAUCAGUGUCUUAAUGUUUAUUUUGUUUAUGAUAUUUGAUGUAAAAACAAAUAGCUCUUUAAUAUAUAGACUAUAUAUUCAUUAUUCAUGUUUAUAAAAUGACAAGUAAACUAAGAUUUUAAAAAUGUUGACUUUAUCACAAUGUAAUAAAAACCUCCUUUAAGAGACACACAGUGAA